AGCGCAUCGACUCAAUCCAUUCACACUCGCAUCCCUCCUUCGUGUGACCACACCUCAACGCCACGCGCGGACGCGUUUCGGCUACCGGUACUUGCAUCUCUCCGUUGACGUCUGCCAGCUUCCAAGCCUCUCAAGCUUUUCAUUUUGAAUCGUCAUCCAUCGCCGACCGGAAGUGGUGUGGUGGACAAAUCUGCACAUGCAUGAGAUCGACUCUGCCGCCGAUGCCCACAGUCUCCCGUGAGGAGGAUGCAGAGAUGGGCUGCCGCGCUCCGCGUGUUCACGCCACGGACCUACCGCAGGGCCUACAGCUCUGGCGACCGCGCUGAGAGAGUCGAUGUGAGAUGCGGUUCUGCUGGCCAUGUAUCAGUCGACUUGUACAAUGCCCCAGACUCGUGUCCCGAGUCGGCGUUGUUGAUCCAUCUCCCUGCGUUCCCAGCAAGCGACAGCGAUGAGUUGGCACUGCCCAGCUUCCUAAAGAACUUUCCAGUUGCCAGCAUCAACUACCGAUGGCGGCCGGGCCAUCUACCUGCUGGUAAAUACAACGCCCUAGUGCCUAUGUUUUGGCCGACACCGGUCCACGACGUGGCCUUUGCCUACGCCUGGCUCGUGGAGAAUCUGGCGCCGCCUGAGAAUGGCAGGCGUGACAUUUACGUCUACGGCUCUCAUCUCGGCGCCGGUCUUGCUACGUCGCUGUCUCUCACUGAGACGCAUGCUCACUCGCGCUUUGGCAUCCGAGGCGUCGUAGCGUACAACGGCAUCUACAACUGGACAAUGUUUUUACCCGAUCACAGGAUCAAUAAGUCGCCUCAACGCGCGGGCGCUCGAGCGCGUGUUACGCAGGAGCCGACAGAAUCGUUCCAUAUUCGGCGGCUACGAGAAGAGAUGCCCGGAUUGUUCGACAGACCGUCGAAUCUCUUCGAUUCCUUUGCUAGCCCAAGCUUGUUUUUCCACAGUCCAGGACUGCACGUCCCGCCGUCCUUCACCAUGUCCAUGGACGACAUAGCAGCGAUAGAUGCCAUGACAUCCGACGAGGACGAGCCAACGAUACCACUGAAAACCCCGCGAAAGUCACAUCUUAUAUACCCCCCGCGGCAGUCAACCCUCAAAAUACCCGAAACACUUCUUUUGUACGAUUCUCCGCCACAGAUCACACCAUCAACAACCAAGUCAGGGCGACCAAAGAAGAGACCCAAGGCGUCCGGCAAUUCGCUUCAGUCGCAGGCGUACGAGCUGGUAGCGCUGAUGCGGCGCAGCAUAGACGUCGUCGAGCUGAAAGAGCGCAGCAAAUGGGACGAAGACCUGCAAGACAGGGAGCACGAAAAGUAUCGCAGGGUCCAGGUGGUUCACGCGGGCACAGAGACGGGCAUCACCGAACUCGGCGGCAACGGGCAACACAUGGUGCUAGCCUGGCUGCGGGAUAGACUGUGAUUUAUCCGAGUAAAUCUAGA